GCCAGCAGAGGGGCGGCUGCAGCCGGUGCGGCGGACGCUGCCAGCUACUCUACUCCCCGGCGUCCCAGCGCUCCCGGAAGCCGAUUGCCGCGCGAGUGCUGUCAGUGCGAGCAACGCGAGACCGCUGUUUGCCGUCUGCGGAGAGCACCAAGCAGCCCGGCCUGCGUGCGGCGGCGACUCCCGGGACCGGACCGGGCAGCGAAGGGCCAUGGCUGAGGCAACCGCCGCUCCGACUUCAGAAUGGGACUCGGAAUGCCUUACAUCCUUGCAGCCCCUUCCUCUUCCUACACCUCCAGCAGCAAAUGAGGCACACCUGCAGACCGCAGCCAUCUCCCUGUGGACUGUGGUGGCUGCUGUGCAGGCCAUAGAGAGGAAGGUGGAGGUCCACAGCCGGCGACUCCUCCACCUAGAAGGCAGGACAGGGACAGCAGAGAAGAAACUAGCCGGCUGUGAAAAGACAGCAACGGAGCUUGGGAACCAGCUGGAUGGCAAGUGGGCCGUGCUGGGGACCCUGCUGCAGGAGUACGGGCUGCUGCAGCGGCGCCUGGAGAACCUGGAGAACUUGUUGAGAAACAGGAACUUCUGGAUCCUGCGGCUGCCCCCAGGUAUUAAAGGAGAUAUCCCAAAGGUGCCUGUGGCAUUUGAUGAUGUCUCCAUCUACUUUUCCACUCCAGAGUGGGAAAAAUUAGAAGAAUGGCAAAAGGAACUUUACAAGAAUAUCAUGAAGGGCAACUACGAGUCUCUCAUCUCCAUGGAUUAUGCCAUGAAUCAACCUGAUGUUUUAUCUCAGAUUCAACCAGAAGGAGAACACAGUACAGAUGACCAGCCAAGGCCAGAAGCGAGUGAGAUUCCUGCAGACCCCAGUGAAGAGCCUGGCCUUUCAACCUCAGAUAUUCUGUCUUGGAUUAAACAAGAGGAAGAGCCUCAGGUUGGAGUCCCCCAAGAACCUAAAGAGAACGAGCUCUACAAAGGCACCUAUGCUGAUGAAGAACUUGUCAUCAAAGCUGAAGAUCUUGCUAGAGCCUCCUUGUGCCCUGAAGUUCCAGUGGCCUUCUCUGCUCCACCACCAGCAGCAGCCAAGGAUGCGUUUUCAGAUGUAGCUUUCAAAAGCCAGCAGUGUACACCCAUGGCACCUUUUGGACGUACAGCCACUGACCUGCCUGAAGCUUCAGAGGGACAAGUGACUUUCACUCAGUUAGGAAGCUAUCCACUCCCACCUCCAGUUGGAGAGCAGGUGUUCUCUUGUCACCAUUGUGGCAAGAGUCUCAGCCAAGACAUGUUAAUGACACAUCAGUGUAGCCACGCUGCUGAACACCCCUUAACCUGUGCCCAGUGUCCCAAGCACUUUGCCCCACAGGCAGAUCUUGGUAGCACCUCCCAGGAUCAUACCAGUGAAACACCACCCACCUGCCCUCACUGUGCCCGGACCUUCACUCACCCGUCCCGACUCACAUACCACCUUCGGGUCCACAACAGUACUGAGCGCCCUUUCCUCUGUCCUGAUUGUCCCAAGCGCUUUGCUGACCAGGCUCGACUCACCAGCCAUCGGAGAGCUCAUGCUACCGAGAGGCCCUUCCGCUGCUCACAGUGUGGUCGUAGCUUCAGCCUGAAGAUCAGUCUCCUGCUGCAUCAGAGGGGACACGCCCAGGAACGCCCCUUCUCUUGUCCUCAGUGUGGCAUAGACUUCAAUGGCCACUCUGCACUGAUUCGUCAUCAGAUGAUCCACACAGGGGAGCGGCCCUACCCAUGCACAGACUGUAGCAAGAGCUUCAUGCGUAAGGAACAUUUGUUAAACCACCGGAGGCUGCACACAGGUGAGCGGCCUUUCCAGUGUCCGCACUGUGGCAAGAGCUUCAUCCGCAAACAUCACCUCAUGAAGCACCAGCGCAUCCACACAGGCGAGCGGCCCUACCCCUGUGCAGUUUGUGGAAGGAGCUUCCGCUACAAGCAGACACUCAAGGACCACCUGCGGACGGGUCACAGUGGAGGCUGUGCGGGUGAUAGGGACCCUUCCGCACAGCCACCAGAUCCACCUGGUCCACUCUUAACUGCUCUGGAAACCUCUGGCCUAGGUGUUAGCACUGAAGGUCUAGAAUCUAGUCAGUGGUAUGGGGAAGGGAGUGGAGGAGUGGUUUUGUAAGUCUGUGGCCCAUUGGUUAUUUAUGUUCACAGCAGGGCAGAAAGUCCAGGAGAAAUCCCACAAGCUCCACAACCCAUAGUAAUUAUUAUCUGAUACAUAAAGGAAUUUGGGGUCAAUACUCAACUAGAGACACACUUCUGCUUUAGAAGUCCACAGCAGUACAAGAAUACCAUAGUUUGAAAACUGGAAGAGAAUACAACAUUGGUG